AUGAAUAAAGGAUAUAUUAAGAUUGCUUUGGCGCUUUUAAGCGUAGCUGGAUAUAUGCAAAAUAUGGCAUUUGCAAGCGAUUCUACCCCAAGCCCCAAUUCUCCAAAUGAAGAAGCUAUACAACAAUUAUAUAUCGACCCUAAAGAAGCUAAACAAGCAUCAGAUAUUAUGACCGAAGCUUUGGAUUUUGCGCAAAAACAUGCCGAGCAUACAAAUGAUUACAAGGAAUAUUCUAAGCAAGAUGGAGUAGUUUUAUAUUUUAAGAAAUUCAAAGAUACUGAAAUUGGAAAACUUGAACUUACAAUCCCAAACCCCGAUAGUUAUGAUGAUGUAGUAAGCAUGUUAUGGGACCCCAACGGCGCAAAGAACUUCGAUGAUAAAUUUAUUAAAGGAUCCAUUUAUCGAGUAUACGAUCAAAAUUUAGUAAUUAUACAACAACGUUACAAAAGUCUUAUUAGAUCAUGGCAAAGAUAUUAUCAUGCACUAGCCAACAAAAUUGAAUUAUCAAAAAACAAAACUGCAAUAGUCUUGGUUUCAUCAGACAUGAAUGAUCAUGAUGGUGGAAAAAAUAAAAAAUAUGUAAACCCUUUCGUAGAAAGUGCAAACUCAUUCAAGCCUGACAUAGAUUCUGAAGAAGAUAUUAGAAAUGGAGAUUUAUACAAAAUGUAUAUUAACUUAGUAGCAUUUUUUAUUGAAAAGGAAGCCGAUUGCGUUAAAGUUACCUAUGUCAGCUCUAUUGAUCCAAAUGCUCCUUACCUUACACCAGCAAGUUUUAUUAAAAAAAUUAUAGUCAAAAAAAUUUUAACUCUUGUAAAAUUAAAGGAUAUUUUUAAAAAGUAA